AUGCUUAUUUUGAUCGCUGGUAUCACCGGCUUUGUCGGUAUUCCGUGUGCUAGGUCCGCAUUUGCGCGUGGCCACAAGGUUCGAGGCCUAGCUCGCAACAUCGACAAUCUGCCGGCAGAUGUUCGGGACCGGCUUGAAGGUUUUGAGACGAUGUCAGACCCCCAUGACAUUGCGGCAAUGGAUCGGGCCACAAAAGGUGUUGACGCCAUUAUCUGUUCAUUUGCUGCCGUCCCAGAAAUGUUCAUGGAAUCACAAAUGAUGCUUAUUAGGGCAGCAGAGCGUGCGGGAGUAAAGCUACCAAUAUCAUAUCCCGGCCCGAUCUUGGGAUUACGAGCCAGUGGAUGUUGCGCGCUUCCCGAACGUCAAGCAGACUAG